GAGGCAGAUUGAAAUCUGGAGGGCAACUGGCAGGAGGCGCGGGCACAGAGAGCGCAAAGAGCGAGUGAGAUGCCACCUGAGAGCUCCACGAUGAGGAGACAUCGCCAAGAAGUGAGACUGUGAGCUGAGCGCUGGGGCAAUAAGGGAUCAGUGAACAUAUGGGCUAAACAAGCAACAGAUCCCAUGUGAUUCAGGUCUGCACAAAGGAGACAGAGGCAUAACCCGUGUGUGCAGGGGGGAUUGUAUUAGACAGACCGGUUAUGAUCACAAGCUGUGGAAAGAGACUGCAGGAGAAAGACACAGCAGCCUGGCAUCUGGAGACAUGGCAGGGCAAACGGUCUGGAGGGGCUGACUGGGUACUUCCAGUGUCUGUGGGUUUGCUGUGAGUGGCAUCAGGACCCUGUGGAUUAUUGGAUCUGAUCUCCUAACCCAUCAUCUGAAAAAAGAACAGAACUACAUUCAAGCUCCGGGAUUCCUGUGAUCAAGGAGAAGGAAUAAAAGCAGUUACCAGAAAAGACAAAUGAAUGAUCAUCAUGCCACCAGGAACUUUACUUCUCGCUGCCUUCUGCCUCCUGGGGACAUCAGUCUCUGGAACGCGUCCUUAUGUUGUGUUUUCUCAGAACAACACGGUAUUCAAUCACCUCACACUGGACGCCAACACAGGGACCCUGUAUCUCGGGGCCACGAACUACCUUUACCAACUCAACGAGGAAUUGGAGGUUGAAAGUGUCGUAAAGACGGGACCUGUGUGGGAUAGCAAGGAAUGCUUACCCCCCGUGUCCACAGACUGCCCCCAAGCUCAAAAUACAAAUAACCAUAACAAGCUGCUGCUGGUGGUGCCAAGUCAAGAGGAGGUCAUCGUGUGUGGGAGCGUUUACCAAGGGAUUUGCGAGAAAAGACGCCUGGGGUCUCUUAAUACCGUCCUAUUCCGGCCAGAGAGGCCCGUGGACACGCAGUAUGUAGCCGCUAACGACCCUAAUGUUACCACAGUUGGCUUGGUUGGACUCGCUAAAGAUGGGUCACCUCUUUUGUUUGUGGGACGAGGCUAUACCAGCAAAGGAGCAGGCGGCAUUCCACCAAUCACCACUCGGAACCUGGAAGUUGGGGACACCGGUGAAAUGGAAUCCCACUCUGUCUUCUCCUACGAAGACACGGCCAAGUUAGCGGUGGUUGGACGGCUUUCCGAGUACAACCACCAUUUCGUCAAAGUCUUCAACCACCAGUCUAGCGUUUACUUCCUAUUUUAUCGCCGAGACCUCAAAUCACAUUCCAGGGAGUACAAAACCUACAUUUCCCGCAUCUGUCCAGACGAUUCGCACUACUAUUCCUACGUGGAACUGCCUCUGAGCUGCGGUAGCAACAACAAAAACUACAACCUUCUUCAGGCUGCUUAUGUCACCCAACCUGGAGAGAUUUUGGCAAAAGGAGCCAUAAAUACUAGCGGGGACGUCCUGUUCGCGACGUUCUCCCAGUGGCAGGCGGCUUCUGGGAAGGUUAGCGAGGAGUCGGCUCUGUGUUUGUAUUCUCUGGAGCUUAUCGAUCGCUUAAUCAACCAGACAAGAGACAUCUGCUACACCAAGGACGGCAAAGCAGAAGAUGGGAGAGAGGUAGCUUACAUUGAAUAUGACGUCAAGUCAAAUUGCGUCCAACUGCCAUCGGAUACCCUUGACGCGUACCCAUGUGGCUCCGAUCAUACCCCGAGCCCCAUGGCGAGUCGGGACUCCUUGGUUGCUGCGCCCGUGUUUGAGAGUACGAGCGCUCGCCUCACCGCCAUUGCCGUGAAUGUGGAAGAUGAUCACACCAUCGCCUUCAUUGGGGACAGCAAAGGACAACUUAGCAAAGUUUACCUGGGCGGAAACGGAGACUCCAACCUGUAUUCGGUUUUACCCAACCAGUCAAACACAGCUGUGUCGGCCGACCUCCUGUUUGAUCAGCAAGAGAAGCAUUUAUAUAUCAUGACCCAGUCCAUGGUGACCAAGGUUCCGCUCUCUGAAUGCUCUCAGCACGCCGGCUGUGAGUCCUGCCUCUCCGCCGGGGAUCCUUAUUGCGGUUGGUGCGUUCUUGAUGGCAAAUGUAGCAGGCGCCACGAGUGCUUGCGGUCGGGAAAGAAGAACCAAUGGCUUUGGGCUCAUGACCCAAACCAGCAGUGCCUAACCGUGCAGUCUCUGAGCCCAGCCAACAUCAGCAAAGAAGAAAAGAGAAACAUCUUCCUGGCUAUUCCCGACCUGCCUUCUCUGGAACCCGACGAGUCGUACUCCUGUUUCUUUGAGGAUUUCGAAAGCCGUGCUGUGAGGACAGAAGCUGGAGUCGUUUGUCCUUCUCCGGAUCCAAGCAAAGCUCCCGCCAUCAGACCGGGAAUAGAUCACGUGCAGGUAAAGCUGCUUCUUCGCUUUGGCGGCGUGGUCAUCUCCACCGCAGCGUUCACCUUCUACGACUGCACGGCCGUGGCCCAGCUCUUCAAGACGGCACCGUGCCGUGGAUGCGCGAGCAGCGACUGGGGAUGUAACUGGUGCAUUCAGCAACACCUCUGCACACACAAGGCUACCUGCGAGGAGGGAACGAUCAUCUACAAUAAGCUGACACAGAUUCCAGUUCCAGAACCUUCCCAGCCUCCUGUAUUUCCCUCGGAACCAUUGUCUACAAUCCCUCCAACCACAGAAUCUCAACGAACGAGCCCCAGCACCGUUCCCGAGAUCACUACAACUACAACCACAACGGAGAGCACGCCACUGGUUGUCACUGACGCUUCUACCACACAUGUGCCUACAACUGUGCCAACCACAUCUCUUCUAACUACCACGGUAUCGACUCAGGAAACAUCUACCGCUCCUCAGUCCCAGCCAACCACACUUGAACCUACCACUGAGGACACUACACCGAUUUUAACAACGCAACUUCCUACAGAAGAACCAACCAGCCUCCCUACAGUGAACCCCACCACCCUCUCUAUAACUGUUUUUACAAGCCCUCCCAUCACAGAAGAUGAGACUCUUCCCGUCUCUACUGACAUAGAUGUACUCUUCGAGGAAUGGACCACUCAAAGCACAACCACGUCUAAUGUUGUAUCAGUGCCACCACUUGUCCCUGUACCAACAGUGUCUGAUAAUGAUCAGAAAGUGACGUGGACUCCCAGCACCUUCCUUCCGCAGCACGAGGAGUUCACAUCCGCUGUCCAUCCCAUUCCAACAACCAGCAAGCCAACUCAAGGUGCUCCUACUUUGCCCGAUUUCCCUGGUGAUCUAGGCAGUGAAAUUCCAUAUUCCGAAGAGCCUCCAACUAUCACAAUGGAGGGGGCCGAGGAAGAAAGCUUGGAUCACACCGAGGCAGACGGUUGGGUGGAUUCUACCGUCGUGGAAAAUGAGACAUCAUCCUUCUCAGCUUCUACCAUCCUUUCGGGAGACGGAGACAUCGAUGGCGUUUCACCCAGUUUCCCUGGUAUUAUAGAACAAGGGAUGGAUUAUCAAUUUGAUUCUCCGGGAUUUUUUGAGUUGAACGAUGAAAAAUUAUUCUGGGGUCCCGACGCUUGCCCGUGUGUGGAAAGCAUCCAGAGCUCCUCGUUGUUGCCGGUUAACGUGGAAAGAAAAAUCACUUUACUGGGAAAGAAUUUUCAUCAUUAUCAGGAGCAAGACUGGGACUACGAGUGCGUCCUCGUCCUAGAGGGCAAUAUGCUGGUGACCGACGCGUUGGUGGAACAAGAUCCAACGGACGACUCCAAGUAUUACAUUACGUGUCAACUGCACCAGUACAGUUACUCGGCUCCCCAGCCAGAGUUCAACGCCUUGGUGUUUGUGCAGAGACAGGAUGAUCUGCGAGUCGACAGCUCGGAGGAUCUCCAUGUAACUCUGUAUAACUGCUCCGUCGGACACUCGGAUUGCAGCCGCUGCCAAACCGCUGAUCCCAAGUAUCACUGCGUGUGGUGUGGAGGAGAAUAUCCAAGCUGCUUGUUUCAUGAAUCCUGUAAGGAACAAGUGGAAGGAACCUGCCCUGCGCCUCUCAUUCACUCUAUUGAGCCUCUUUCCGGCCCCAUAGAGGGUGGAACGAAAAUCACCAUAACUGGUUCCAACCUGGGUCAGAAACUUGAGGACAUUGCAGACACGGUGACUGUGGCUGAUAUCCCGUGCCAGGUGGACUCUAUAAAAUAUGAGAUUUCCAGCAGCAUUGUUUGUGUGACCGGCAAGAGCUGGUCUGAGACAUCUGGCCAUGUGUCUGUCAGAGUCCCCGGAGGAUUACAUGGUGUUUCCAGCCAAGUGUUUACCUACCAGAAUCCAAUAUUAACUACUUUUUCUCCGUCUCGGGGACCUAAAUCUGGAGGCACGAGAGUCACUUUGCUGGGAACCAAACUUCUCACCGGCCGCCUGAGUGAAAUCCGAGUAUUGAUUGGCGACAUUCCCUGCCUGAUUUUUUCAGAAAUUCAGGAGAACCAGCUGGAGUGUUUAACUGGUUCCAGUAACAGCACAGCAGAGCUUCCAGUAACCAUCCGCUACGGCGACCGGGAACUGAGAGCGUACGACUCGCUUUUCACCUACACCCCGGAUCCCAACAUUACGUCGGCCAGUCCAGCCAAGAGCUUCAUCAGCGGAGGUCGUGUGAUAUUGGUGUUUGGCCAGAAUCUGGAUGUGGUACAAGCUCCAAAAAUCCGAGUGACGGUUUCUCCAGUUGAAAGACGAAAGAGGCGUAGUCUUGUUAGGAACCGCCGUAUCGUCCCCGAGACAGAAUGUCCAGAGAACGUUCUUUGCCGUGUAGAACAGUUUGAAGAGGUCUGCCUGAUAAAUUCGUCUUCCCUGCUCCUUUGCAAGACUCCAGCCAUUAACCCCCUGCACUGUAAUAGCCGUAUAGAUAUGGAGUUUAUUCUGGAUAAUCUGCACUUUAACUUCAGUGUAAUAAAUACUGCUUCAUUCACAUACGAGCCAGACCCAGUGCUGAAACAGUUGAAUACAGAGGAUCCUGCUAAGCCGUAUCGACACAAGCCCGGCAGUGUUAUCUCCGUAGAGGGAGAGAACCUGGACUUGGCCAUUACCAAAGAAGAGAUGGUAGCAAUGGUUGGGGACGGGGUCUGCAUGGUGAAGACGCUAACGAGAAACCAUCUGUACUGUGAACCUCCAGAGAAACAGCCAUCUCCUCGUUAUCCGUCCAAGAGAGAGGGAGUGGAUUCUCUUCCCGAAUUUACAGUGCAGAUAGGAAGAAUUCACUUAGUCCUUGGGAAAGUGCAAUAUGACACAGAUAGCCAGCUUACCUUCCCCCUCGAGGCUCAGAUCGGACUUGGAGUGGGAGCUUCAUUUGUGGUUCUGAUUGUCCUCAUCAUUGUCUUGAUUUAUAGGAGAAAAAGCAAACAGGCUUUGCGAGAUUACAAAAAGGUCCAGAUUCAGCUGGAGAACUUGGAAACCAGUGUCCGGGAUCGGUGCAAGAAGGAAUUCACAGAUCUGAUGACCGAAAUGAUGGACCUCACCAGUGACUUAGUCGGAACGGGCAUCCCUUUUCUGGACUACAAGUCUUACGCUGAGAGGAUUUUCUUCCCCGGUCACAGAGAGUCUCCCUUGAAACGAGAUCUGGAUGUACCAGAAGGUCGUCGCCAGACGGUAGAACAGGGUUUGGUUCAGCUGUCAAACCUUCUCAACAGCAAACUGUUCCUCACCAAGUUUAUCCACACUCUGGAAAGCCAACGGACGUUCUCGGCAAGGGACCGCGCGUAUGUGGCCUCUCUCCUGACUGUAUCCUUGCACGGGAAGCUUGAAUACUUCACGGACAUCUUGAAGACCCUCCUCAAUGAUCUAGUGGAACAGUAUGUGGCCAAGAACCCAAAGCUGAUGCUCAGAAGGACAGAGACAGUGGUGGAGAAGCUGCUGACAAAUUGGAUGUCCAUCUGUCUGUAUUCCUUUGUCAGGGACUCAGUUGGGGAGCCUCUUUACAUGCUUUUCCGAGGCAUAAAGCAUCAGGUGGACAAAGGACCGGUUGAUUGUGUGACCGGCAAAGCCAAGUACACGUUAAACGAUAACCGGUUACUUCGGGAUGACGUGGAAUACAAAACUCUGACACUGAAUGCUGUAACUCAGACCAACUGUGGGGGUCCCGGAGAAGAGGAAGCUCAGGGGGUACCUGUGAAAGUCCUAGAUUGCGAUACCAUCACUCAGGUGAAGGAGAAAAUCUUGGACCAAAUUUACAAGGGAACGCCGUACUGUCUCCGGCCUAAUCCUGAAACCCUCGAUCUUGAAUGGAGAUCGGGGCUGGCAGGACACCUCAUCCUCUCCGAUGAAGACCUGACUUCCGUGCUCCAAGGAUCCUGGAAACGCAUUAACACGCUACAGCACUACAAGGUUCCGGAUACAGCAACGGUAGCUCUGGUUCCACGGCUGAGCAAACAUAUCCACCCCGAAAACCACGAUUACAUCCCCGGAGAGAAAACGCCGAUGCUGGAGGAUGCUGACGAGGGAGGGAUAAAGCUUUGGCAUCUUGUGAAAGCUACAGAGGAGCCGGAGCUCCCCAAACACAGGAGAGGAAGUUUACGGGACAGAGAGAGAGCUAAAGCCAUCCCCGAAAUCUACCUGACGCGCCUUCUGUCCAUGAAGGGGACUCUGCAGAAGUUUGUGGAUGACCUGUUCCAGGUGAUACUCAGCACCAGCCGCCCCGUGCCGCUCGCUGUGAAAUACUUCUUUGACUUGUUAGAUGAGCAAGCAGCUCACUACGGCAUCUCAGACCCGGAGACCAUCCACAUCUGGAAAACCAACAGUUUGCCCUUAAGGUUCUGGAUCAACAUCAUCAAAAACCCGCAGUUUGUGUUUGACGUGCAGACUUCGGACAGCGUCGACGCCGUCCUCUCGGUUAUCGCACAGACCUUCAUGGACUCCUGCACCAUCGCUGAUCACAAGCUGGGAAGGGAUUCUCCCAUAAACAAACUGCUUUAUGCCAGAGACAUCCCGCGUUACAAGCAGAUGGUGGAGAGGUAUUACGCUGACAUCCGGCAGACCAUCUCGGCAAGUGACCAGGAGAUGAAUUCUGCCCUCGCCGAGCUGUCCAGGAACUGCUCGGGUGAACUUAACUGUUUGGUGGCUCUCCAUGAACUCUACAAAUAUAUUAACAAAUACUACGAUCAGAUUAUCACGGCACUGGAGGAGGACACCACGGCCCAGAAGAUGCAGCUCGGAUACCGGCUGCAGCAGAUAGCGGCCGCCGUGGAAAACAAAGUCACGGAUUUGUGACGCGGGAACUCGUUACGGCUCUCUUCGGAAGAUUUUUAUAAAAUCGCAGAAGGUACGGCUGCCUCUGAGAAGCAGAAACCCUCGCACAAUGAACCGGUCGAGCGGAACGUAGAGAGGGGCAGGUGCUUACGUGGAAGUCAAAUAAAGAUAUUUUUAUAGGUA